AUGGACGAUGAGCCCUACGACGACGCAGACCCUGUGACUUCAAGUUCAGAUUCUGAAACUGAAGAUGGUAUUAGGGCCCCACACAUAGGUCCAAAGUUCCUACGCUCUAGCCAACGUCAACAACAACUUCUGUCCCCUCUAGCAACCCAGCCCAAGGCUCCCCGAGGCCCAAUCCCAACACUUGCACCAGGCCAAGUACUGAGUCAGAAAGUACCCAAGCUAUCCAGCAUGGCUUGCCAGAAGCAAGCUCGCGCGACUACUGCCAGGAAAGCCCUGAGGAAGGCACCAGUUGGUGGGAAGACUGGUGGGAAGACUGUUCUGAAGCCGAAGCGUCGUUUCAAGCCAGGAGUCGUUGCUCUCCGACAGAUCAAGCAGUAUCAGAAAACAACAGAGCCCCUCAUUCCGCCAAGCGCAGUUUCUGCACUGCAAGAAGCAGCCGAGACCACUUUAGUCAAGGAAUUCGAGAUGACCCAGCUGGCUGCAAUCCACGCAAAGCGUGUCACUAUCCAGCAGAAGGACAUGAAACUGGUGCAGUUGAUGAGACUCCACAUGACAGGGUACCGGUUCCCAGGGUAG